AAUCAUGAUGUAGAACUGGGUGUAGGACCGGCGUAGGUCAAAGGUCGAGCGGAAGUUCUCCAAGCUUCCGGCCGCCGGCUUGGAGAAGCGUUAUGGCUAAACAUCAUCCAGAUUUGAUUUUCUGCCGCAAGCAGGCUGGUGUGGCUAUCGGGAGACUGUGUGAAAAAUGUGAUGGCAAAUGUGUGAUUUGUGACUCCUAUGUGCGACCCUGCACCCUGGUUCGCAUAUGUGAUGAGUGUAACUAUGGAUCUUACCAGGGCCGGUGUGUGAUCUGUGGAGGUCCCGGAGUCUCUGAUGCCUACUAUUGUAAAGAGUGCACCAUUCAGGAGAAGGAUAGAGACGGUUGCCCAAAGAUUGUCAAUUUGGGGAGUUCUAAGACAGACCUGUUCUAUGAACGCAAAAAAUACGGCUUCAAGAAGAGGUGAUGGGUGGGCAGCUCCUUCCUCCCCCAUCAAGCUGCUGCAGCCGCCAGAAAAGACACCUACCGCUAGCAGAGGGACCGGAGCCCAGCGUGUCACCACAGCCUGCUAGAGCUAGUGUCCUGGCCCCCUGCCCCUGUCUUUCCUUUACCAUGCUGGUGGGGAUGGAAGAGAGGUCUUCACAGAGUGCUCUAGCAGAUUGGAAGAAAAAUUGCUAGGUUAGUUCUUAAUUUGUUUUGUUCUAGCUAAAGAAACAAGACUCUGCUCUCUACAUUGAUAGAUUCUUUCCACACCAAAAGCUUCAAAAUGAGUCUUCUGUCUGUGGCCUUAACAGAAACUGCCGCAGGCAAAAGCAUGGCCUUGCAGCAGCUUUGAUGUUGGUGGUCUCCUGUGACCCUCAGUGUGGCCAGGAGCCAUCUGAACAGUAAUGUGAUGUGACACUUCCCAAGUGGUGCUGGCUUCAUGUUAUUUUCCUUCUUAGAAAUUGGAAAUUCCUGUUCUAAUAAAGUUGGUGUGUAUUUUCUGGUAA